AUGUCAAACCCAAACGCCUACGGCGCCCCAGUUUCAGACACAGCCUUCCGCAAAACCUGGGAUCGCGAAGAAUACACCAAAAAAGCCGCCGAAGAUGAAGCCAAACGCAAAGCCGAAGGCAAAGCCCGCUACGAAGCCAAGCUCCUGGGCAAAAAGUACCACGCCCCAGUAGACUACAGCGCACUGGAUGAAACAACCGCCCGAAACAAGCGCCUAGAUGUCUCAUCGAUGGUGGGAAAGACGAUGCUUGUCCCCGCAGGAGCGGGAAUGGGCAAGCGCGGCGCCGGCGCCGGAUUUUACUGCAAGGACUGUGAUCUCACGUUCAAAGACAAUAUACAGCUUGUGGAGCAUUUGAAUAGCAAGCAGCAUCUGAUUGCGACUGGGCAGAGUGGGGAGGUGAAGAGGGCUGGGGUUGAGGAAGUGAGGUUGAGGUUGAGGAUGCUUUCGCAUCGGAAGAGGGUUAGGGAGGAGGAGGAGCGGAAGGCUUGGCAGCUUGAUCUUGGGGUUAGGCUGAAGGAGAGGGAGGAGGAGGAUGCGAAGGAGAGGGAGGAGAAGAGGAGAAUUAGGAAUGAGAAGCGGAGGAAGGUUAAGACUGAGGAUGAUAGCUGGGAGGGUCGGUUGGGAAUUAUAUCUUGA